GGAGUAUAUAAUUGGAGUCCCUUGCGAUUCAAACCCUAAGCAUCUUGUCCAUUGCAAUUCAACCAUAUAAGCAUCUUCCGUGUUCAGAGUCGAAUAGAAACGACAGCUUUGAAAACAUUCUCAGCAAUGGAGGAAAUCUCGCAAUCAUCCGCGCCACCACUUGAUUCCCUCAAACUGUCCCACAAGAUUACGGAAGUCGCCGCCGGAGACGCUCACACUCUCGCUCUCACCGGUUUCAAUUCAUUCAAUUUAUCAUUUCAAUUGUUACUUAAUCAUUAUCGUUAGUGCAUAAGUUUUUUCAUUUUCGUUUUUGUUGAGCUAAAAGUGUUCUCUUGCAGCGGAUGGGAGCGUUUAUUUCAAAGUAGUCUGGAAAAUACAUGACUAUUCAAUUCUCUUAGUUGUUUAUGACACCAUAUUGGCAAUUUUGAUGUGAUAGAUUUUCCUGAAAUAUAAUUGCAGAUGAAAGUGGAAAAGCUGAAAUCUCCUCUCAAAAAAGAAAAAGAAUAAUGGAGGAAAUCUCGCAAUCAUCCGUUCCACCACUUGAUUCCCUCAAACUGUCCCACAAGAUUACCGAAGUAGCCGCCGGGGAAGCUCACACUCUCGCUCUCACCGGUUUCAAUUCAUUCAAUUUAUUAUUUCAAUUGUUACUUAAUCAUUAUCGUUAGUGCAUAAGUUUUUUCAUUUUCGUUUUUGUUGAGCUAAAAGUAUUCUCUUGCAGCGGAUGGGAACGUUUAUUCUUGGGGAACAGGAGUGUUUGGCCGCCUCGGCACUGGAUCGGAGAUCGACCAGAUGUUUCCUGUCAGAGUUGAGUUUGGCUCUGCAGCUGUUAAGAUUGUGGCUAUUGCGGCUGGAGCUUAUCACAGUCUCGCGCUUGCAGAUGAUGGGUCUAUUUGGGGAUGGGGUUUUAAUGCACAUGACCAACUUGGUGCAAAUGGAGAAAAUUUGCUAGCUCCUCAUUUACUCAAAGGAUUCAUCGGGCUGGGUUCCCUGAAUGCCUCAAGAGAGGAAGCGGAAAACAAGGUAUUAAUGAUGUCUUCUGUUAAAGCCGGAGCAAUGAUGUCUUUAGCAAUUGACAGUCUAGGAGGUCUCUGGAUAUGGGGCAACUGCCCUCAGCCACAACAAGACAAUCCAGUUGAUGCUAAAUUCUCUAUCGCAUGCACUCCUAAUCCAACUCCUGUAUGGAGCUUUCAUGGGCACACUGUUGUUAAGGUAGCAUGUGGAUAUGAGCAUAUUGUGGCAUUAGUGACCACAGGGGAAACGUUCGACGGGGAUAAUGAUCUUGUGUGCUAUUCUUGGGGUGGAAACAGUCAUGGCCAAUUAGGUUUGGGGGAUAAAGAAAGCCGAAUCUUUCCGGAAAUCGUCAAACCCUUUGAUUCCCAAUCCCCUUGGACUGUUUAUGAGGUGGCGUGUGGGGCUUUCCACACAGCUUUACUAUCAAAGAAAACCCAAAAUGGCAUAUCAGGAAGUGUUUGCUGGACAUUUGGCCUAGGUGAAAAUGGGCAAUUAGGUCAUGGCACUAACCAAAGCCAUUUAUCCCCCGAACCAGUGAGAGAAUUGCCAAGUACUGCAACUCUCAUUUCGAUUGACUGUGGUUUGUUCCACACCAGUCUUGUCUCAUCAGCUGGAGAUGUUUGGUCAUGGGGAAUGAAAAAAGGCAUGGGUCUAUGCCCCGGUACAAGGUUCACCGGAGAUGAAACUGAUGAUGCAAUGUUGCCUGUGUUGAUCCAUUGUGAAUGUGGGCAUAAUAAGUUUCAAGAACCUGUCCAAGUUGUCUGUGGCGCAGCCCAUACGGUUCUCCUCUCAGAUUCUGGGUACAAGAUCUGGUCGUGGGGACAGGGAAGGAGCGGGGUACUUGGAACCGGUCAAACAACUGAUGCUUUCAUUCCCACUCUCGCAAUGUGGCCCCCACCUCUAGAUGAAGGUAAGAACAAAAAAGGUAAUGAAGAAAUGAGACUUACCAAGGAGGUCUUUGAAAUGCAGAAAAAGCUAAGUGCAGCCAAAAUGGAGAUAGGUCAGCUUCAAACGAAACUAUCUGUGAUUGGAAAGUACGCUGGCAUCCUUCACAGCUCUAUAUUUGGGAAACCGUUUGAUGACACACAAGAUAUCCCUGCCUCUGUGGACAGUGGGGGUACGCUCGAAAUAGCAAAGGAGUGGAAAAACAUGUGGGAGUGCUUGGAUCUUGGAAUGCUAGUGAGGCUAGAGAUGUUUUACAGCAACAUGCUUGCUGGUGUUAAGGAUAUCAAAUUGAAGAGACGGAUCAAGGAGAUUGUUGUCGAUUGCCUUGGCCCGAUCCAGUUGUCUGGGACCGGUACCAGGUCAGGGACCUGGCCCGGUGGAGAUGGCAAGCGGGCUCCGAGCUGAUGUUUUAUCUGUGAAUGAGUUUUUUUUUUUGAAAGGGUCUGUGAAUGAGGGUUAGUACCCAUUAUUUAUGUCAAUAUAAUGCACACAAUGAAUUGUACAUUGUUAAAAAGUUGGACUUCACUUAUCGCACAUACUUUUGUACCCUUAAACACCCUCCGUUAACAAAUACUCCCUCCGUUUCUAUUUGGUUGACACAGUUUGACUUGUCAAGAUUUAAGAGAAAAAAGUUAUUGAGGGGUAAAUUUUACUGUAGAGUACACUGUUUGGCACUGUUUGAACACUGUUUGGCACUGUUUUGCACUGUUUAGGUAAAGAUUUUUGUUUACCAAAUAAGGAAAUAAAGAAGUGUGGCAUUCAUUUUGAAAUGUCCAAAAAAGGAAAGUGUGUCAACCAAAUAGAAACGGAGGGAGUAUUCACUUAUCACCAUGAAGACACCGACAAUGGUAUUUAAGUAG